GUCAAACUCAUGUUAUAUCGAGGGGCACAUACAGCACACUUUAAUCCUAAGUGGGUGACCGGUGGAACUCCCCUUUCUGUCAGUAAGAAGAAGUUUAAUUACACAUUUAAUCCCAGAUUGUAAGAAAAAGACGACAGUAUGUAUCAGUCAUUCCACAUGACAAAGAAAUGCUGGUGCAGUAAAUGAAAGAAACGUGUCAGCAUCACCGUUUGAGCUGAAACUGCAAGAAAUAAAUAUGUAACAUUACAGAAAAACUGUAAAACUCAUGAAAAUACAUUUAAAUGUCUGAAAUUUUAAGCCCUCUUUCACAUUUUCUGCACCCAUCCAGUGGAUGUGUGUUUCUAAGUUACCUGGCCACAAACACAGCUUGCACCUCUGUCAUCUUAUAAUCAUUACAGUACCCGCUAUCCCUCUCUUACGGCCAGCCGCAGGGUGGAGGAAACCUGGCAAGGUGCAUUUACACAGAUUUUACAUAAGCAAGUCUAGAAAAUGCACAAGGGCUCUACAGCUUAUCAACAUUACAAAGGUCCCAGAGAGUUUUAUAUGUUUUUAAAUAUUAGUUUCGAGCAGUUUGGUUGUUUCUGUUUGUACAAUACAAAUACUGCCACAGUUAAAUGACUGAAACCUGUAAAAAUGCAGUUAAAUACAGGUGAGCACAGUUAGUAGAAUUAGUAGAAUCUUAAAGGAAAAUGGAAAAUACAAAAAGGUGAAAAUGCAGAAUUGUGAGAAAACACAUAAGCAGCUCGGUAAUGACGGGAGUAAAUAAGCAGGGCACAUUUUUAAGACUUAAUUGAAGUCAGCGUGUUCUGAUUUAAACACGCUGCUCUCUGCCCUUGCAAGCCAUCACAUUUAAAACCGGAAUAUCCUUGAAGGGGCACAGUCCUCAGCUUUUACGCUAUCCACUCGUUAACUUGCAGGAUCAAAGGUCUUUUAUAAGUUAUCACUGGAAUUUGCUCAGUGCGCUCAGUCAGUGAGUCAGAGGCAGGCGCACGGUGAGAAAACACUGACCACUCCAGCACUACUCCUCCACUUUCAACUUCAAGGUCUGCUGCCAGAGAUGGACAACAUCUACGAAACACUAGAUCACGAUGAUGUUCCCGCAGGACGCGAUCGCGUUGAGCCCAAGUAUGAGAACCCGGGUGAGGCGAGGGAGCAGCUGUACAGCGAGGUGCUGGUCCACAGGUCGUCUCGGGAGGAAGACCGCAGCUCCCCGGAUUACAUGGAGAUCAGGGAAGGAGGCAAACACAGCGACUCCUCUUCUUCAUCCAGCGACGACGAGGACGCUAAAACGAGAAAGGAAAAAGUGGAGGCACAGGUGCAGGAGGUGAGCGGCGAGGCGCACAACGGAUCCAGGCGCUCAUCCUCCUCCUCAGAUUCAUCCGCCUCACCCGGAGAUCCUUGCGACGACCCGCCGUUUCAGAGGAAAAUCCAGGAAGAGGAUAACGCCGAGGAUGGGAUGAUGAUGGCCUACAGCCGCCCUAAAACUGACCCCGAGCCGCAGGAGUCUGUCGACUACACCCUUAAAACUCUGGAAAGUGUCACUUUGGAUGAAAGCAGCUCUGCGCCAGCUGAUCCCAAACAGCCUAACAUCGCCCUGUACAUUAAGGCGGGCAGCGAUGGAGAAAGCAUCGGCAACUGUCCCUUCUCUCAGCGCCUCUUCAUGAUCCUCUGGCUCAAAGGAGUCAUGUUCAACGUCACGACCGUCGACCUCAAGAGGAAGCCGGCAGAUCUGCACAACCUGGCUCCAGGGACGCACCCUCCUUUCCUGACCUUCGAAGGAGAGGUCAAGACAGACGUCAACAAGAUUGAAGAGUUUCUUGAGGAGACACUCUGUCCUCCAAAGUAUCCCAGACUGGCUGCCAAGCACAGAGAGUCCAAUACAGCUGGAAACGACAUCUUCGCCAAGUUCUCAGCCUACAUCAAGAACACCAAACCAGAAGCCAACGCUGCUCUAGAGAAAGGUUUAACCAGAGCCCUGAAGAAGCUGGAUGAUUACCUUAACAACCCGUUGCCAGAUGAGAUCGAUGCAAACAGCAUGGAGGAGGAGAAGGGCUCCAACCGAUGCUUCCUGGACGGGAACGAGUUCACUCUGGCAGACUGCAACCUCCUGCCCAAACUCUACAUAGUGAAGGUUGUCGCUAAGAAAUACCGCAACUACGACAUCCCGGAGGAAAUGUCGGGGGUGUGGCGCUACCUGAACAACGCCUUCACGCAUGACGAGUUCACCAACACCUGCGCUGCUGACACUGAGAUCGAGACCGCCUACAAAGACGUGGCGAGGAGACUGGCCAAGUAGCCUGACCUGAGCGCAAGGAAAAAUAAACCAGCAACACACAUCAUAAAGAAAACAUCCCCCAUGAACGUAACACGCGACUGUCCUUUGUGAGUCUUCUUCCUGAGAUCCUUGUCUGUCAUAAUAAACAAGUCCGAUGUCUUUGUUUCAGCUCCAGAUGUGGAUGGACUUUAGCUAUUCGGUGCACAGUGUGUAUGGUAUUUCAAUCACCUCGGCAGAGACACGGCAAAGCAGAAGUGGAGCAGAAGAUAAAUCAAACACAUUUAACGUGAUUCGCAUUUCAAAGCCAGGUUCCAACGUUGCUGCUGUGAGACUUCUGACAUAACUCUUUUUGCUCAAAUGUGAUUGUGUCUGUCUGUAUUUAUUCCUCAUAACACAAAGCUCCCUUUCAUACCUACUCUACCGCACGGCCAAACAUUUUACUAGCUGCUGAUGUCGAGGUCGUUCACUUUAUUUAUUCCCGAGCCCACAUAAGUCUAGUCUGACUCCAGUGUUUAUUAUCGGGCUCUGGCUCCUGGGGAGACACCUUGAUUCAUCUAUGAUUGAUGACUGAUGCUAAUUGUUUGCUGAAUAUGACUGUUCCACUCUGCAGUUUCAUUUUCAGUUCAUUACUGUGGGUGUUGCUGUAGUUUUUUUUUUUCUUUUUAUUUUCUAAUGCUUCUGAAAAUUUGAUGUAAAGGCAAAAAAUAUAUAUAUUAUUCAAAUAUAUGCUCGAUAAAAAGAACAAAUGUACCUAAUAAGGGCAUUAAAAGUUUAGAACAAAGCUUGUUUCUGAACUGCUUGCAUGCGUGAAUGUGUUUCAAACCAAUUCUGAGCCUUCGGAAAUAUGAAAACUCCACAGAUACGUGCCUUUAUUUGGAAGUAUGAGAAAUCCAUGCCAAUGUCACUGAUGGAUUCAUUCUGAAAAAUGUAUUGCAGCCAGAGCUGGGACAUUUGUUUUGCCUCAAGCUAUUAGUGUUCAGUCUAGAGUAUUGAUUUUGUCUUAAGUUACGCAUGAUAUUAUAAAUGGAGAGAGUAUUUAUUUAGCAGCCCCAAUCAGGCCUGAUUAGCUUGAGCCAUUAGUGCUGCGAUGAAAAGCGUCUUCCAGGCCAGGUCCGCGAUGGUCAGGAGCCCUGCCCUCCAGCCCUUCAUCAGAAAGACAUUUCCUCCUCUCUGAGGACUUCAUCAACAUCCGCAGCCUAAAAGUUAAAGUUCAAAAGUUUCAUUGUCUAGCAGAGGACAGAGAGAUUUGUCUCUGGGCUUAUCGUCUUUGGCUUGCUGUCGGGCUUGCAACUAUAGCGCGACUUCCUUGAAGAACCAUAAGGCUCUUGUGUGGUUUGGACAAACACAUGAUAUGAAACUGGAGCAUGAUGACUGAGAGGCUUUCUCAUUGCAAAGCUCUACAAAUAAAAUAAUAUUUUCACA